GAGGAGUUCUCGUAAAUCAGGGUUAUUGUGACAGACAGGUAUAAAAAGUGACAAUUUUCAGUGACAUUUUGCAGUCAGAUACUGUUUCCUCCACACCACAGUGAGAGAAUCCAGAGCAGAGCUAUAUGACCCAGCAUGGGACAGGCAAUCAUUUGGGCUGGUUUAGCUCUCUUGCUGUCUCUACAAUGUGGUUCUGCCUCUAAGCUGGUUUGUUACUUCACCAACUGGGCCCAGUACAGGCCUGGGGAGGGGAGCUUCCUCCCUGAUGACAUCGACCCCCAUCUCUGCACCCACCUCAUUUACGCCUUUGCCAGCAUGAGCGACCACAAGAUCACCACCAUGGAGUGGAACGAUGUGACACUUUUUGAGGCUUUCAAUGGCCUUAAAGCCAAGAAUCGGAACCUGAAGACCCUAUUGUCCAUUGGAGGGUCAAGCAUGGGAACCGAACGCUUCUCUCACAUGGCUGCUUCGGUUGCUAAUCGCUGGACAUUUGUCCGCUCUGUGGUACAAUUCCUCCGGACGCAUGAGUUUGACGGACUCGAUGUAGCCUGGAUUUACCCAGGGGGGAAGGAUAAGAAACAUUUCACUUCUCUGAUUCAGGAACUAGCAAUGGCAUUUGAGAAGGAAGCUCAAAAAACCGGAAAAGAGAAGCUUCUACUUAGUAUUGCAGCAUCUGCUGGAAGGAUAAAUAUUGACACAGGCUAUGAAGUCAACAAAAUCUCCAAGAUCGUGGAUUUUAUUAACCUUCUGACCUAUGACUUCCAUGGGGCCUCCUGGGAGAAGACUACAGGACAUGUCAGUCCUCUUAGCAAGGGAAGGAAAGACCUUAGAACUGCUGCAUACAACAAUGUUGACAAUGCCGUGAGACACUGGAAGAGAAAGGGCGCCCCAGGAGAGAAGAUCAUCAUGGGAAUCCCAGCCUAUGGGCGGAGUUUCACCCUUGACACGCUGGAUACAGGCAUUGGGGCUCAGGCUUCCAAGGCAGGACUGCCAGGCCCUUUCACUUCAGAAGCAGGAUUUUUAGCCUAUUAUGAGAUCUGCACCUUUAAACAAGGUGCCACCACAGAGAUGAUUGAGGAGCAGAAGGUCCCUUACUCCUAUAAAGGGAACCAGUGGGUAGGGUAUGAUGACAUGGAGAGCAUUAAAACCAAGGUUAAAUAUUUGAAGCAUCGUGCUUUGGGAGGGGCCAUGGUUUGGGCCAUUGAUCUGGACGAUUUCAGUGGCUCUUUCUGCCAUCAAGGAGCUUACCCUCUCAUACAGGCACUGAAGAGUGAGCUGAGUGCUGGUAGACAAUGAGUGAUUGCACUGAAGUGCAAAAGUUGCCAGUAUAUACAAGGAAAGUGAUCACUGGAGGUUUUGGAAGCAUAUUGAUUUGCCAGUAGAUCUGAGUUAGCUUUGCUUGGGUGUCUUUAAGAUAACAAUUGUAUAAAAUUUGAUCAGCAGCAGCAGUCUCCUUGGGACAUGAGAAAAAACCUUGUUAACCAGAGACAGUAACGUUUGUUACUAACUAUAUGCACAAGUGGCUGCUUCUUUUCAUAUUUUUAAGUUGCUUUAUAGCUAAAACUGUCCACCAUAAAGACAAAGGUGGGGACCACAAACACACUGGAUCUGGGUUUAAAUUUUCCUGCUUAUAUAGAUUAAUAAACUAUAUGCUAAGAA